GUUACUUUUGUGUACUUUAUAUUUGUGCUUGAUUAAAGUUGCAGUGUGGGUGAAGACGUGCUGAUUAUUAUUUUUUUACUGUGGGUCUUGAGUGAAGGAGGAUGGUGAUAUUUAAAGUUUGGCUCGUGCUUUUGCUCUUGCCGAGUCUAUUGGGAGUCAACAUGGAGCAUCUCCAAGGAGAGAAUUUGCAUCUGCUACCUCCUGAUCAGCAUAAUGUGGUCAUGAAUUAUGGAAUGAAAGUGUUACCGAGAGAUUGCCACGAAAUGCUCAUGAGCUCUUCAGGUCACGCCAGGGACGGCGUGUACCUGAUCCAACCGGGGGACGCCCCAAUCCUGGUCUUCUGCGCCAUGCAGGAAGGAGGAUGGACCGUAGUCCAGCACAUCACCGUUAACAGUAGCGUCAAUUUUGACCGAGUGUGGGCCGACUAUAAACGAGGUUUCGGUGACGUCACUGGCGAUCACUGGCUCGGGAAUGAAUACCUGCACCAGCUUAGUGGAGGCCCGGUACGCUACAAACUAGGAGUGAAACUCGUGGACCGAGACGCCGUGACAAAAAUGGGGGAGUACGAUCCGUUCCUGGUGGAGGGCGAGUCAUCGGCGUACAGGUUGAGGCUGGGUUUGUUCCAUGGCACGGCCGUGGACGCCCUCACCCAGGACACGGAGAACUACCUGCACGAUAAUCAAAAAUUCACCACUAAGGACAGAGACAAUGAUAAUUACUUCCAGAACUGUGCCAAGUUGGAGUUCCAGGGAGUGGCCGGUGGAGGUUGGUGGUACGACGCCUGCGCUGGUGCCAAUCUGAACCGAAGAAAUGUCAUCUACUGGCAAAAGGACUGCAACAAAGAGCGAUUGUGCAAGUACGCAUGGAUGAUGGUGAAACCGUCACACACGGUUAAAGCUGUUCAUUGCGCUGACUGCAAAAAGGAUGAGUUAUGAAAAGCUUCUCAGCAGAAGAUGCAAUGUGGCUCUGGACAACGAUCAGGUAAUUGUACAAAAAAAAGCUCUCCUGGAGGCUUUUUAAAUACUCAAAUUAGAAAAGUCCCAGAAAAAUACAUAUAUAAGAUGAAUUUAAAAAAAAUAACAUCAAGACUCAAUAUAUUCUGCAGGAUAUUGACAUUUAUUUGAAGAAAAUGGAUAAACACCGUUUCUAAAAUACAGAAGCAUAAAAGCAACAAACCCAAAAACAACUUCACUAUCCAGUAUAAUGGAAACAUACUUUUAAAUUCCUGGUUUGAAAGAGUCUUUCAAAAAAGGAAAAAAAUAUUGGCUUUGCCUCAGUUAAAAAAAAAAAAAAAAGGCUAUUUA